AUGAAGCUGGCCAUAGGGAUUUGUGUGCAGCUUCGUUCGGUGCGAAGGAUCGCCUGCAAGUCUGGAGGCCCACUUGAGGCCCAGUUAGAUCGGGAUUUGGAGCCUAGAGAUCAAUGUGAGGUCGGCUCGUCCGUGUACACACUGGCCAGCUCGCGUCAAGUGCAGACCACUGAGAUCCAGUCCCACAGACAUCCACAUGUCUUUGUGUGUGUACACGUAUGCAUAACUGGGCGUAUAUGUUGUUGGUCGGUGAGUCCCUGUUGCCCCCUGCCGGUCUCCUCCGGCUCCUCCCUGCCUUGCCGUCGCAAAGACGGUCUGUCGGCCGGUCGGUCGGUCGGUUGUUGGGCCUAG